AUGUACGACGCGCUGCGCCAGCGGCAGAGCGCAAGCCUGGCGGGCCAGGCCGUCGGCACUCCGAAGUUCAAGCGCAUCAUGCUGAAGGUGUCUGGCGAGGCGCUGGCAGGCAGCCGCGGCUUCGGCCUCGACCCCUCCGUAUUGGAGAGCAUUGCGGCGGAGGUGCAGCAGGCGCACAGCCGCGGCAUCCAGGUGGCGAUCACCAUCGGCGGCGGCAACUACUGGCGGGGGCAGCAGGCGUGGGAGGGUAUUGAGCGCGCCACCGCUGACUACGUGGGGAUGCUGGCCACAGUCAUGAACGCCAUGUGCAUGCAGGCGGCCCUGGAGAAGCUCGGCGUGCCGACGCGGGUGCAAACAGCUAUUGAGAUGAAGGAGGUCGCUGAGCCCUACAUCCGCCGCCGCGCCAUCCGCCACCUGGAGGCCGGCCGCGUGGUCGUGUUUGGCGCCGGCACCGGCAACCCCUACUUCACCACGGACACCGCCGCUGCCCUGCGCGCCGCCGAAAUGAACGCGGAGGUGUUCCUCAAGGCCACCAAGGUGGACGGCGUGUACACGUGCGACCCGGUCAAGCACCCGGACACCGCGCGCCGCUACGACCGCCUGUCGUACCGCCGCGUCGCGCAGGAGGGCCUGCAGGUCAUGGACGAGACCGCCAUCACCCUGUGCAAGGAGAACAGCAUCCCCGUGAUCGUAUUCAACGCCCUGGCGCCGGGCAACAUCCUGCGGGCUGCGAUGGGCGAGGACGUCGGGACGGUGGUCGGGGAGGCCGAGGGCGAGGCGCCGGCGCUGGGCGGCGUGUAG